CAUUUAUACACGUGACGCCUCCACUGACCACUCUGAACACAUGGAGGGCGACAGAACAAGAAUUUAUUAAGUUAUUCCUCACAUCAACAGUAAUUUAGCAGUUUGAAGUAUUAAAUAUAUUGAGGGAACAGCGAAAACAAUUUGGGUAGGGCCCUAACACCACCACCACCACCACCACCAACAACAACAACAACAACAACAAUUCACCAUCCUUCAAAAAAAAAAAAAACAAGAGGUCAGAAGUACAUCACCAAAGACAGGUCGGAUAAGGUCAGCGGGAAGCCUAGGCAGUGUGACCCCAGUGCAGCGACCCUUUGUGACCUUGUGUGCGGUAAGGUCACAAUGAAGCGGCCGUACUUCCAGGAACGCUCGCUGCCGGCCAGGGUGGAAAAGUACAUGAGUGACAACAAACACGUGAACCUUGAGGAGAUGACAGACCACUUGAUGAAUAACUACCGAGAGUUCCGCCUCAAGAACAAGAAAGCCUUUAUGAAGAGUGUCGAGAAGGCUUAUGAGUGGCAGCUGUAUUGCCAGCAGCUGGACCAGGACAGCGGUGAGGAUAUAGAGGACAGUGACGGAGGUGGACCGGACAUACUAGAGAUAACUGAGCCUGAUCCACUGCCCAGGGGAAGGAACACCAACACAAUGCUCAACAAGAUGUACAAGUCUGCCUCGGCCAACUCCUCUCCAAGACCCAAGAGUAAAAACGACUUCUUUAUUCUGGACGUCGAUGGCAACUCCUCCUUCAACGGAACAAGGACGCCGGAUGCGAGUGCAAGGAAGAAGCGGAAGAAGAAAGAGGAGAAGGAUGGAGACAUAGAGGAUUUGAUAAAGAGGAAGAAGAAGAAGCAGCUCAUGGCAGAGGCAUCCACCGUUACCUUGGCUGACAUGGCGGGCAUUGAGGCUCUUGAGGAGCAAAUCUGUGACUUGGCUGGGAACUUGCGGUGGCCAGGUGUGCUGCAGCCCCUCAUCAAGUCAGCCCUUGUGACGGGUCCCUCUGGCAGCGGCAAGACCACGUUUGGCCAGGCCUUGGCGGGGACAUCGGAGGCGCCAGUAGUACGAGUGACGGCGACGGAGCUGGUUGGCGGUGUGUCCGGGGAGAGUGAGGAGCGCAUCACAGAGGUGUUUGAGCAGGCGGCCACACUGUCACCAUGCGUCCUGCUGCUGGAGAAACUCGACGUGGUGGCACCCAAGGACAGCAACGCCACCAAAGGAUUAGAGAGAAGGAUUUGCACGCAGUUGUCCUCAUGUUUGGCAAGCCUCAAGACAAAGCACAAGGACAAACAGGUGCUGGUGCUCGGGGAAACAAGUCGGCCGGAGAAGCUUGACUGGGACCUACGGGGAAGCUUUGACCUGGAGGUGUUCAUGGCCAUCCCCACUGAGGAGGCCCGGGGGAAGAUACUCAAGCUGCUGUGUGCGGGGUGUGUGGUGGACAGCAGUGUGGGCGGCGGCUUUGAGGAAAUUGCGUACCGAACCCCUGGCUACGUGGCGGGUGACCUUAGGAAGCUGGUGGAGAAGGCACAGAGUCUGGCGUGGAAAAGGAAGAAGGUGAGUCUACGCGAUGGGACCACGGGUGGCUGUCUGGAGGAGCGAGUGAAGGACUUCCUGGGACACCUGGGCAGGAUGUGUGAGGCUGAGGAGCAGAAAGUCACUGUUACUGUCACUAUGGAGGACUUCAUGGAGGCUCUGCUGCACAUCACGCCAGCCCUGAAGAGAGAAGGCUUCCCAGUCCCAGACAUCACCUGGCAGGACAUUGGAGGGCUGGAGGACAUCAAGAGGGAACUGAGAGAGAAGAUCCUUGAACCCAUAAAGUUUGCCAAGUUGCAUGAGGAGCUUGGAUUGAGUCGACCUAAUGGUGUGUUGAUGUGGGGACCUCCAGGCUGUGGCAAGACCCUGCUGGCCAAGGCUGUGGCGAAUGAGGCUGGCGUGAACCUCCUACCAGUGAUGGGGCCAGAGCUUCUCAACAUGUAUCAAGGAGAGAGUGAACGUGCAGUGAGGGAAGUCUUCUACAGAGCCAGGAAUGUUGCUCCUUGCGUUAUCUUCUUUGACGAGUUUGAUUCCUUGUGUCCUGUGAGAAGCAAGGGAGAGCAGGGUGGAAGCAAGACCACCAUCGUAAACACCCUGCUGACGGAGAUGAACGGGUUUGCCAAGAGGGAGGACGUGUAUGUGAUCGCAGCCACCAACAGACCAGACAUCCUUGACCCAGCAGUGACCAGGCCAGGGAGGUUUGACACUCUUCUCUAUGUGGAUGUCCCGGAUUAUGAAGGCAGGGUAUCCAUCUUCAAAGCCAGGACUAAGAACGGUACAUGUCCUGCUCUGGCCCCUGAUGUCAAGCUUGAGGAAGUGUCCAAGCUGUGUGACAACUUUUCUGGUGCCGACUGUGACCAGCUGGUGUAUCUAGCUGGCAAGGAGCUGAUCAGGGAGGUCAUCCAUGCCACCUCCUCCCCCUCAGCCACCCCCAGCCCUGCCCAGCCCUCAGAUGAGUCAGUAGAGAGGAAACUUGUAGCCAGAAGACAUUUUUCAGCUGCUCUCAGGAAGAUGAAGCCGUCAAUCUCCGCUGAGGAACAGAGACGCUACAAGAAACUACACAGUAAGAUGGAGGCUGGCCGGGUGCAGGGGAGUCUUGAGGGUUUCCCUGAGGACGCCCCACCCCUUGUUCAGCCCCCGCAGGAUGAUGCACAGCCCAUGGAGGUGGCUGAUGACAAGGACACCCCCGUUACUAGUUAAGAGAACGAAUUGGGAUGUUAGUUUUUGUAUUUUAUUUGUAGUUUUGUAGUUAAUAUUUAUAUCCAGUUGAGGGAUGAUGAAAGACUAAUAAAUUUCUCAUCAUUUG